AAUUUCAACCCUAAACGUUUGAAAACCUUCUCCAUAAAUCCACCAAACCCCAGGCAUGUCCAGUUCAGGUCCAGUUCCCGAAAGUGUAUGUCGAACAUGCAGCUACAAAUUCCAGGACAGAUCAGAUCAAGUACUACACUACAAACUAGACUGGCAUCUCUACAACGUAAAACAGAAGCUCCGCAACAUGUCUGCUAUAGCAGAGGAGGAGUUUGACACGCGGUGCGAGGGGGACCUCUCCAGUUUAUCUGGCAGUGACUCUGAGGAUGAUACUGAUAGUGGGGUUGAAGACAUGGUGACUAGUCAGCUUUUAGAAGAUUCUUCUGAGUUGGCUGAUGCUGUUGUUUGUAGCCCUCAUGUUAUCUUCAAGUUUCAGGGCUCUUUCUUUAAGUGCUUGUCCAGCUUACUUUUCAGCAAUAAAUCUGAAAUAACUGAUCAGAUCCUAUCUGAAACAGUGAGUAAAACCACAGCUGAUAAUCCUAAAAGCGGGUUGGAGUAUAAGGGCCGGAUUGCUGUGUUCCUUUACAGCGCGCAACACUUCGCAGGUGCAGUUUACGAGAACGAAAAGCUGCUCCUUCAUAAAACUUACCACAGGUACACUGUGCGAGCAAAACAAGGAACAGUUCAAGGGAUAAGAGACGGGAAAGGGAAUGCUCCUAAAUCAUACGGUGCGUCACUAAGAAGGUACAAUCAGAUAGCCUUAUUUAAUGAUAUCGAAAAGCUUAUGCUUGAAUGGUCCGAGACGUUGAAUGGGUGCAAUGUUAUUUUUCACCGGACUGCUGUUUAUAAUAGGCACGUGUUUGAGAAGGUAAAAGAAAAGAUUGACAACAAGAAAGAUAAAAUCAGGACGAUACCAUUUACAACUUAUAGACCUACUUUGAAAGAAACAGAGCGGGUUUAUAAGCUUUUAACAAAAAUAAACAAAGUGUUUGAAAAAGAGUUUAAUGAUGUUGUAGAAUCAAAGAAGGAAUCCUCAGAACUUGAUUCAAAUUCCAAAAUUCCUGAAUCUCAUCAAACUAAACCAGUAAAUCCCAAAUCAAUACCAAAUUCCCAUCUCAAACAGAGACCAGAGAAGUUAAAACCAGUUGAAACUCCAGUGGAACUGUGUGAAAUUGAGCCUGACUUUUACGAAGAUCCUGACAACCUUUACUUCAAAAUUUUAGCAGCAGUAAAAUCCCAAAAUCAGGAGCUGUUUACCUCCUUGUUAGUCUCAGAAGUUAACGUAGACAAACCUCUAGACAGCAGCAACAGCUUACUACACAAGUGUGCAAGUGUAAACGACCCUAACUUUGUAAAACAGCUGUUACACCGAGGAGCUAACCCAGAGCUUAAGAAUGACAGUAGGAAAACACCGUUCCAAGUUGCUGGAGAUAAGGAAGUAAGGGAUGAGUUUAGGAGGUUCAUGGCUCUUUUCCCUGACAAAUGGGACUACAAAUCUGCCAAAAUACCGUCCCCUCUAACUUCCGAACUGGAGGAGGAACAAGCAAGAAAGAAGGCAGAGAAAAAGAAAGCUCAACGAGCAGCCAAGAAUCAACGUGACAAAGAAAAGAAAGCUGCCAAGAAAGAAGCUGCUAAAAAAGAGGAAGAUAAGCUGAUAGCAGAGGCCCAGAGGUUGAGAUUGCGCCAGUUGACGCCUCGUGAGCGCUGUUUAUUGGCGGCAGAAGCGCGCUUAGCAUCAGAAGGGGGACGGGGUUGUGUUUCAGGAAAAUGUGAUAAUUGUGAGACAGGAUUAGACGGCUUGGUUCCGUUUGAGAGAUUGAAAUAUAAGUAUUGUAGUGUUACUUGUGUUCGAGAACACAAGGACAAGUUAUAG